AUGGACAUCGACGAUGUCUACGAGUGCAUCGUACGGGGCGUCCUCGCCGUCGCUUUCGUCAUGGCGGUGCUUGUGGUCAUCAUGCUGCUCCUCGCCGCGAUCAACGAGGUGGACUAUCAGAUCAGGCGACGCCGCCGACGCCAACGCCGUGCGCCGACGCCGGUCCCGCCACGGCCGCCGCCGUCGUCGUCCGUCGUCGAAAAGCUGCUGGAGAGCAUCCCGGACGUGGAGUACCUACCCGUCGGCGACGGCGGCGGCGACAGCGACCGGGAGUCGUGUGUGAUCUGCGUGACGCCCUACGAGGCCGGCGAGGCCUGCAGCGUUCUGCCGGCGUGCAAGCACUUGUUCCACAAGGCCUGCGUCACCAAGUGGCUGCGGGUGAGGUGCACCUGCCCGCUCUGCAGGGCAGCCGUCGCCUUGCCAUUGCCAUUGCCAUUGCCACACCCUGUACUGCUGGCUGGCAACCUGCUUAACGCAGCAGAGAACAUGGUGUAG